AUGCUGUUGACCGUGUGUCUGCUCCUUCUCCUGGCUUCUCCCUUACUGGGGGCCCCACUGAGCGGCUUUGUCACAAGGCCCCGAAACAAACUACUGCUCAUCUCCUUCGACGGAUUCCGAUGGGACUAUGACCGAGAUGUGGACACCCCAAACCUGGAUGCUAUGGUGCAAGAUGGAGUCAAGGCCUCCUAUGUUACUCCACCUUUCCUGACCAUUACCAGCCCUGCACACUUCACACUGCUGACAGGACGGUACAUUGAGAACCAUGGAGUCAUCCACAACAUGUGGUUCAAUACCACAACACAAGAAAAAAAGCAGUACUAUAUGACACAGUUUGUUGAUGAGUGGUGGGACAACGGCAGUCUGCCUAUCUGGAUCACUGCUCAGAGGCAGGGUCUGAAAGCUGGCUCGCUUCACUUCCCCGGCACAGCAGCCACCUACCAGGGUGAGAGGGUGGAAGUGAGCCAAGUGGAGCCUCGCUUCUAUGACCACUCCAAUGAGACAGAAUGGCGGAUGAAUGUGGACAAGGUUAUGGGGUCAUGGUUCAGUGAACAAGAUCUGGACUUUGUAUCACUGUACUUUGGGGAACCGGACCAAACGGGACACAAGUACGGACCAGACUCUCCAGAACGCAGGGAGAUGGUCAAGCAGGUGGACCGUACGGUUGGCUACAUCCGCAGUGCUGUGCAGAGACACAGACUCACUGACAGCCUCAACAUCAUCAUCACUGCUGAUCAUGGCAUGACCACGGUGCUUAGGAAUGGCCUCGUCAAGGAGAUUAUCUUGUCCAAGAUCCCUGGCUUCUCCUUUCGGGAUAUCAAGUUCCAUUUGGUGGACUACGGCCCCACUGGCAUGCUGCUGCCCAAGGAGGGAAUGCUGGAAAAAGUCUACAGUGCCCUGAAAGGAGCAGAUCCCAACCUGCAUGUCUACAAGAAAGAAGACAUGCCCGGCCGCCUUCACUACUCCAACCACCCUCGUAUCUUGCCCCUCCUACUCUAUGCUGACCCAGGAUAUGUUAUCAAUGGGAUCUUACCAGUGCAGUACAGCAAAGGGGAGCAUGGCUUUGACAACCAUGCUAUGGACAUGAAGCCCUUCUUCAGAGCAGUGGGGCCUGACUUUCGCAAGAACCUGGAGGUGGGACCAUUCGAGACGGUGAAUGUGUACCCCUUAAUGUGCCACUUACUGGGCAUAACUCCUGAAACCAACGACGGGUCCCUAGAUGCCACCCGGCACAUGCUGGUUUCUUCUAUGGACACUGACAGCUCUGAAGGGACGAGUUUUCUGUCUAACAUCUUCACUGGUCUGGCAGCAGCAGCUGGUUUUCUGGUUAUGGUUGGCAUAGUGGCCAUAUCUCACACCAUAUACAAACGAAGGAAAGACAAUCAGAGGUACAACCUUUGUCUGGACUACAUGCACUUCUUCUACUCAUAG